UGUUAAAUAUUCAACACCAGCAUGGAAUAGAAAAAUAUUAACACCCUUGGUGUCAAUUUCAUGUCUAGUCGGCGAAUGAUAACACCAACGGUGUUAAAAUAUUCAAUUACAGGUUGAUGGUGUCAAAUUUGGUGUUAUAAAAUCGCACAUGCGCAUAAGCGAGAUAAAUGGAGGAAAAUCAUUGGACGAAAGUUGUCAUAUGAUCCGAUAUGCCUGCAUGCGCAUGCGCUGAAGCUGGACGCCAUAUCUUGCGAUCGAGAGCUAGCUGGAGCAAGGCAAUAGAAAUCCAUUGCCCGACUGACUUGAUUUUCAGGAGUAUUCUACAGUUUGGCCUAGAUACACAUCUUGAAGUGCAUGCAACCAUGCCGUUAAGCGUCAGGGUCUGCUCAGCGGAUCGAAGUAUUCGAAAAUACCUGCCUAUAGAUCCAGAAGACACAGUAGGAUUCUUUGAACUUAUCAAAAGAAAAUUCCACAUAAAGGAUGGUGAAGACCUUGUACUUGUGGAUGAACAAGAAGGAUUUGGUAUAGACGAUGAUGUACUAGGAGAUGUGGUGACAAGCCAUCCCUCAGUCAGCCUCAUGGUGCUAAAAGAAGAUGAAGAAUGGUCUGGUUCAGAUGUACAUAGCUUCACAAGUGCAGACAACAUCAACACCAGCUCCUCUUCCCUCAGUAGCUCAGAAUCUGAUUCAAGUUUUGGCAUCUGCAGAAAGAAACCACGAUUAGAUGCCCUCAGAUUGUGCAAGAGCAAAUUCAAGUAGAGGAUCUUUCUACUGAAUUCUUUGAUGCCAACUGGGUUAAAGUAAAUGGAACACGUUAUCAGUUGUCACUUCUGGUCUGCCAUGAUGUUAGCGAGCUUCCUCUGUUUGGUCAAAUAGAGCAUAUCAUUGUACACAACAGCAAUGUAUUUUUUGUACUUGUCCAAUUAGAUACAGUGUAUUACAAUUCACACUAUCAUUCAUACGCAGUAGAAUUCAUUUUUCCACGUCGUCAUGUAGUGAAGAAUCAAAAGGAACUUGUUGACUACAAACCACUAGAUUUGAUGACAACUUUGUCAAAGACAGACUCAAGGAAGUAUGUAGCACCAAGGCAUGUACUUUCUAAGUAAUUUAAAGCUUUCAAGCUAACGUCUGGCUUUGCUUAGUUGUAUCAAUUGGUUUUAAAAAUAAUCUUAAUCAAGAAUAUUAUGGACUCUUGUAAGCAUCUGUAAAUUGGUUAAUGCGAAACCAAAUUUAGUCAAAUAGCUGUUGUAUAUUUUCCCAUCUUUUUUUCUUACAGGAAAAACAAUUUUAUGAUGUUUGUGCAUGAAAGCCAGUGAAAUGAAAGUGCAUAGACUGAUUUUGUUGUUGUUGUUUAUACCCUGUUGGAAAAAGAGCAGUGAAUUAGUUGAUAGAGAAACAAAUAAUUUUUACUUUUUGUUAUUUUUUCCUGGAAAUUGGGAAUACAUGUUUGUAAACAGAAAGCUGUAAAGGAAUGUUCACCUUUAUUAGGUUGAAUGUAGAAUUUAUAGUGUUUUUUAAUGCUUUUUGAAACUUUUGUUCAACCCUUGACAAGUAGUGAAGGAAAUAACUUCUGAUAAAAUCCCCAUGAG